UCCCCUUUCCUCUCCGCACAACCUCGAUUAGUUGUGAGAGGUUGGGAGACAGCGUAAUUCAGGUCGGAAAUGGAAUGUACUAGAUGAAGUAACAGCUGACGAACUUCCUUUUCAGUUGCGCUGUUUAGGAGGUAACCAUGGCCAAAAACAAGAAUAAGGGCCAGCCCCGUAACUACACCUUGGAGUCUGGUGUGGCUCGUUUUGGCAAGUCAAAGACUUACCACAAGAAGGCCGUCUACAAGUUCUUGAAGAAGAAGACGCCCAAGCAGGCCUCCGGACUCAAGCCCGCUUUCAUCGAGAAGAAGAUUGAUGGUGCCAAGAAUGGUGGUACGCGUAUGGUCAGGGUCCGGAAGUUAGCUAACAACUACCCCACUCAAGACACGCCGGUGGAGAAGGGCAUCAAGCAGUACUUUGCCAAGCACGUCCGCCGAGUUCGUCCUACCAUCACUCCCGGCGUCGUGGCCAUCAUCUUGGCUGGAGUUCACAAAGGAAAGCGAGUUGUGAUUCUGAAGCAAUUGCCCACUGGACUCAUCUUAGUGACUGGUCCCUUCAGCAUCAACGGAUGCCCCGUGCGUCGCAUCAACCAACGGUUCCUCAUCGCCACCUCCACGAAGAUCGACAUCUCUAGUGUGAAAGUGCCCGAGAAGUUGAACGACGACUACUUCCGUCGCAUCAAGGCUGGCAAGAAGCAAGCCAAGAAGGAGGGUGACAUCUUCGAUGCUACCAAGAAGGAAUACAAGCCUUCCGAGGAGCGCAAGACGGACCAAAAGGCUUUGGAUAAGGAUGUGUUGCAAGCCAUUGCCAAGCACCCCGAGGGAAAGGCUCUCAAGGCUUACCUGAGGCACAAUUUCGCCCUCACGAAAGGACAGUAUCCCCACAAAAUGACCUUCUAAGCUGAGUGCUGCUCCGUCUCCUUGAGUAUAUUAAAACACCAUGGAUAAAAAAAAA